AUGCAGGAUUUACUUUCUAGCAUUAUCAUCCUUGUCACAGUUCACUCAUCCUUUGAUAGACCCAUGUACUUUUUUCUCAGGGUCCUCUCCUUCAUAGAUAUUUUUGCUACUUCAGUCAAUGUACCCGAGAUGUUAGUGAAUUUUCUGUCACAGGAGAAGAAUAUUUCCUAUUGCUAUCAUCUUGUUGCAACAGCCUGUGACCAUUACGUGGCCAUUGACAACCCCUUGAGAUACACAAUUAUGAUGAACAGAAGAGUUUAGUUUUCCCCAGUCCUGCUGUCUUUCUUCACUGGUAACGUGUCAGUGGUGAUUUUGACCAUGCCCUUUGAAAAAGGAAGAUACAAAACCUUCUGCACCUGUUUAUCCUAUCUCUUAGUGGUGACGCUGUACUAUGGAAGUGGCAGCCUGAUCUACCCAAGACACAACCACAGCUAUCCACAAAAUGCUUAA